UUGCAUCCUUAUCAGUUAUCUAGCCAACGAGGUCUCUUAGCUCUACUGAUAAUAUGGAUUGCCUUCAAGAAAACUUCUUUGAAACACCAGUUCAUUUAUUUUCUGGUUUUCCUUCCCGUAGCCGAAAAGGUAGCCGAAAAGUCGUUGAAACACCAAUUCAAUGCUCUACUACUGCUUUCUAUAAAUUCUUCAAGAAACAAGCAAACUUCUUACCGAAUGUCUGCGGUUCUAUUGUGCAGACAAUAGGACUUGUUGACGGUAACAAAAGCUGGGUUAAUACUGUUGGCUCUCGCAAGGUGAUUGAAAUCCUGUCUGCCGAUUCUUGCCGUGAUACUGCGGAGAAAUUCAAGUAUAUAGUUGAAGCCAUUGACGACCGCUCCAGGAAAAUCACCUACAAAUUGCUGGAAGGAUCGUUGCUGCAAUUAUAUGACAACUUCACCGUCACUCUACAGGUUACUUCUGCCAGCACCGCAAAAUGGACCAUCGAAUAUCAGAAAAAAAAGCCAACCAGCGAAGACCCUGAUUUUUACCUCAAACUUUUUCCUACUAUCAACGCUACUGUUGAUAUUUAUCUUCGUUCUAAUGAUGACUAAACAUAGCCAACAUCACAGAACAUGCCCUUACUAGUGUCUGUAUUGAGGAAUAAAGAGUUCAAAGGAGCUUAAUUAUAUGCAUGCAUGGUCCCGCCCACUUAUAUACUAAGAUGUAAAACGUAUGUAGCUUUUGGUUUGGCUUGCUAGGCUACCAUAUAUAUUCACUCACAUGACAAGGCUGGCUCCUGGUACGCUUCCCUUCUAUGGAGGUUGUAGCAUGAAACGGCGAUGCCUUCUGAUAUUGUGGGUAUUUAUGUAAUCAAGGCGGCCAUCCCUCUAUGUAUCUGUCUGUGUCGAUGAAUAAUAAUAAUGUGUGCGCUUUAAUCACUAAAA